GAAAGAUCAGAUCUAUCAUGAAAAGAAAGGAGGAGAAACUGAACCAGGAGACAUCCCAGGCGAUAAAAGACAUCAAUCAAGAACUCUUGGAUGAGGCAGCAGAGGAGGAGCUAACUCACGGCCCUUUUGUCGACUCCUUCCCGAUGAUGUCUGGUAACUACGGAACGCUCAUGCAACCCAAGACAGACUCCGCGACUAUCGCUGCAAGCGCCAGAGGAAGCGCUGUGACUGGAAAGACCCCAACUGCGUUUCUAAACGGUCAGCCAAUCUUCUCCGAUGACCCGAUGGAUCCGUUCGGAGGGACCUUGCAAAACUUCUCAUCCAAGGUUACAUCAACGAUGAACGCUGGAGGGAUACCUGCGACGGGUUCAAUCUCGUUGCCGAUAUCCUCAAAUGUUCCGCUACAGAGCGUCUUCAGGAAUCCGCAACCUAUGACCUCUCAGUUUGCGUCGUACAAUGGAAGAAAUCCUCAAACUACGGCUCUGGUUUCGCAAGUUCCAAAUUACCAGCAAAGUCCACAAAUGUUUUCACGGGGACCAGGGCUCCGUCAAGAAGUCGUUCGAUACUCGGACUUUUCGGGAGAUACGUUCUGAAAAAAAUGAGUGUGGGACCUAUAAAAUACAGGAUGUCACGAAG